AUGGGCUUCACCACUGGAUUCACCGGCGGUAUAACCGUAACCCUAGGCGUCGCCUACCUCACAGUCCUCGCCCACCAACGCAACCGAGAAACCCAAUCCCACACCCUCCGGACGCAACACCACGUCCUCUCCUCCCUCCUCGAGCCCCAGAUCCGCAUCCCGCCGCCUCUGACCCGCUCCGAACAGGCCGUCAAGGAUCGCGAGACGCUGCUGUCCUCGGCAAAAGACCGCUGGAACCGCGAGGUCGAGAACGCCGUCCGCUGGGCGCAGCGCACGGAUUGGGGCGAGGUGCGCGAAGACCUCGAGAGCGGUGCCGCCCGGUUCUGGGGCGGCAGCAUCAAGAAGGCCGGUGAGGCGGAGCAGGCCGUGGAGAAGAGGGCUGUUCCCUUGGCGAAGGAGGCGUCGGCCCGAGGCGGCGCUAUCGCGGAGCAGUCAGGACAAGAAAUCAAGAAGGAGGCACGCAGCGCGUGGGAGCGCGCAAGAGAAAAGAGCCUCGCCGCCGAGGAGGCCGCGCGCGCCAAGGCUGCCGAGGCGAAGAAGGUUAUCGACGCAAAGGCCGCCGAGGUCAAGGCCGUGGUCGGCGACGUGGUGGAGAAGGGCAGGCAGCAGGGCGAGGCGGUGCUCGUGGCGGCGAAGCAGGCGGUGGGCAUCGCUGAGGACAAGGUCAGCGUCAAGGUCGACGGCGCGGUGCUACCCGCGGCGUCGCCGGUGCAGAGGGCGCUCCACCAGCGGUACGAGAAGCCGAGCGGCUUGACCAAGAGUGUGAAGGAGACGCUGGCAGAGCGGUACCGGAAGAUUGAUGAGCAGGAUAAUACUCAGCUCAGGGGUAUCUGA